GGGCCUUGGAAAGUUGACUUGCCCCACACAGUAGCUCUGUUGCUGCCAGGUGGGGAGACCUAAAUUGACUUCCCUGGGCUCUGUCAGAGGAAAGGAGGCGCUUCCUGUUAUUCCGAUUCAAAUAUCAAGCUGGACAGGAGGGAUCAGGCAGCUGCACAGGGCAGGAGGGUGCGCAAGGAUGAAUGGCCAAAGUUUGCUCUUGCAGCUGCUUCUGCUGGUCCUUAUUGUUGUUCCAGCACUGGAUGCUCGUUCAGGGAUCACAGCAACCCCACAUGGUGCCAUCUGCUCUCUGGAAGAAGAGAAGAGUACUGCAGCUCCUGAGCAUGAAGUAGAAAUCCAGAAAAACACGACACACUUCAUGAACUAUCGUAUGCUUCAAGAUGCUUUGUAUAGAAUCUAUGCCGAAGUGUGCUGGGAUAGAUUUGUUCAGCAAAUGGCCAAUGUCAGCGCAAUGCACUGGUGUGAAUGGAGCAUCAUCAGCAGGCCAUACACCGGCCUGAGAUAUUGCCUGGAAAACAGGGCAGAUGAACUGGAGUAUGGCUUUCCCAAUGCCUUGGCAGAGAAUUACACCGUCUGCAGCCACCGUAUGUACUUUCUCAACUGCACUCUGGCGCACCCGCUCCUUCUGGACCCCCCUGAAAACGUUCUGCUGACCCUGAUCAUAACCCCCAUCUGCCUUAUCCCUUUCUUGGUCACCCUUGUCGUACUGAAGAGCAAAGAUGGUGAGAUGCAAGCAUGAAUCUUGCCUUCCUGUAGUGCCUGCUGCAUCUCCACCAUGGGAUUAGCCCCCUCCCAGUUGCAGCACAAAACAAAUGCCCCCAGGGACAAGCUGCUGGGAUGUCACCUGGUCACUCUCAGUGCUAAAAAAUAGUUAGGGCACUUUUACACUUGUGCUAAAAGAGAACAAACCAAGGGUUAUGGCAGAAUCCUUCCCCUGCCAAGUCUCUCCACACAAAACAUAGGGAAGAUGCUCAUGACAUACUUUUGCAUCACAGAAGCAACGUGGGCACAUCUGCUCAGCAGCUGAAGCUUCCAGAGUUCUGUAGGGAGAACUCAUAUUAAAGGAAUUAAUGCUGCUUCCACGAGGAGACGAUUCUCUCCGUAGCUCUUAUUGCAGCUACAAAUGCCUUUGUAGAGGAGCGUUCACAGUCCAGUUCCCCCCAUAUGUUUCUAACCCCAAAUCCCCAUGACUGCCAUUUUCCACGCAUGCACCAGAGGGCUUUUUCAGGCUUUUUUUAAAAAAAUGGGAGUUUCUAGAUCACGAUAUUAUAACAUAAUAGUGAUGUAUUGCCAUGAUCUACUGCUUCCCAGAAUUCAUUUUUUUUUUAAAUUAAUACUCUAGCUCAGUCCUUCCCAACCUUUUUAAGUAUGAGGGCCCCUUUUUAACAUUACAACAUUUCACAGUAUAGUAGUUGUAUUAUGCAUAUCCAUUGAUUGAGAAAAUACAUAAUGUCCAAAAAAUCAAAAUGAUAUUGCUUGAUUCUCAUAGGGAUUUGCAGGCCCCUUACAAUAACUCUGCAGCCCACAGGAGCCCCUGGCUUCCAGGCUGGGAACCACUACUCUAGCCCUUUUCGUUACAGAGUUGUAAGGGGAAACAUGCAUAACUCCAAAAUGAUAAGGGCUAGACUUACUUUUUUAAAAACUGAACGCUCAUAACUAGUACAGGGUUGCAGUGGUAGUAAUCUACAAUUCCUGGUUCUUUUCUUAAAGCCUGAAAAAGCCCUUUGGUGUGUGUGGGGAAAUGGGGGCCACAAGUGCUGAGGCAAGGAAAAUGGCACCCAUGUGGGCAGAACCUGUAAAAAUGCUCUCUUCUUUUCAACAUGGCAUCUAAAGGCACGGUGACUGUGACCUUUCCAAAAAGAUUGUACCAAACCAGGUUUGGGGAGGAUCACUGCAAAUUGGGGGAAAAUGCAGAAACAGGACAACUAGAGGACAACACAAUGUGGAUGCUCCCGA